CAAGAAAGCACGGAUCUCAGAGGGGUCGCACCACAUCAGCCGUCUGAUUUCAGCCAGUUCAUAGAAAAACUCUGAAACUGAAGUUAUUUUUACACUUUUAGGCUGCUUUAGGAUUUAAUUUGCUUUUGACUUUUGCUCGAUCUGGCCAGUCCGGACAAGAGGAACCAGUCAGUGUGGAAACGAUCAGGAAAAGCACGUGGAACUAAACUCGUGCUUUAUUUGGUUUUUAAACACAGAUUUUUAUAAAGAUGUUGAAGCGAGAGCUGGCACCUCUUCUGCUCGUGUGUAACAUUAUUUACACUCUGAUCAGCGACACAGGAGCGUGCAAGCUGAUUGGUUCCUCUCAGCCAGUACACGCUACAGACGGUGGCGAGGUGAUUCUUCCCUGUUGGGUGGACCCCACGACUGAUGUGACAGACAGGACAGUAGACUGGAAGAAAGGUGGAGCCGACAACAUGGUUCACACUUAUCGAAAUGGAAUGGACGAUGAGAGUGCUCAAGAAAACCGAUUCAAAGGAAGAACAGCCCUCUUUCUUGAGAAAAUGACAACAGGAAACUUGUCCCUGAAACUCAGCAAUGUGACGAUGAAUGAUUCAGGAACUUACACAUGCUCUCUGCGACGAAAAGCAGAGAGCGGCUCCUGCAGCACCGACAUCGUCCUCCAUGUCGACCCUAAAACUGACAGAGCAGAGAGCAACCAGCCUGGAGGUUCACCACUGCUGACAGACAAGUCAGAACAUUCUGUUUCAGGUGGUAACAAUGAUGCCAGUGACACUGGCAUCAUCCGUAGCAUCAUCGCUGGCAUUGGGAGUCUCACUAUCAUUGGGAUCGUCAUUGCAUUUGCUGUGAAGAAAUGCAAAAAGGCCAGUAAGAAGAAGACAAACCAAGCUGAACUGGAAGAUGUGCAGAGUCAGGGGCUGAUGCCUCCAGCUGCAGAUUGUGGUGGACCAGCCGACCAUGGGACCCAACAGUCGUCCAACCCACCAGAGAACAGCAUGCAGGACCAGCCGGUCGAAGAACGUCAUGAUGGAUCAGCAAACAUCAGAGCGUCGCGGUGGGCCACCAUACCGCAGACCGGCUCAGGUCACCGUCCAUCAUCCAGGCGCCGGAAACGGUUGACCAAGCUGGAGCUUUUCACUGGGCAGGUCAGCUGGCAGCGUUUCAGACCGACUGCAGGCCAGACGACGGAGCAAGAAGUGAAAUUCAGCAUCAAACAGCCGUCGAACAAACUGGAGGCUGUGGAGUCUAGCAGCCGUCGUCCUCCUGAGAUUUUUGUAAAGAUGUGGAAGAAAGAACUGGCACCUCUUCUGCUCGUGUGUAACUUUAUUUACACUCUGAUCAGCGACACAGGAGCGUGCGAGCUGAUUGGUUCCUCUCAGCCAGUACACGCUACAGACGGUGGUGAGGUGAUUCUUCCCUGUUGGGUGGACCCCAGGACUGAUGUGAGAGACCGGACAGUAGAGUGGAAGAAAGAUAAAGUCGACAUCGUCCAUGUUUAUCGACAUGGAGCGGACGAUGAUGAUCUUCAAAAGGAACGAUUCAGAGGAAGAACAUCCCUCUUUCAUGAUGAAAUGGCCACAGGAAACUUGUCACUGAAACUCAGCAAUGUGACGAUGAAUGAUUCAGGAACUUACAGAUGCUCUCUGCGACGAAAUGCCACAUUCUGCAACACUUCCAUCGUCCUCCAUGUUGACCCUAAAACUGAGCCACCAAAGAGCAACCACUCCAGAGGUUCACCGCUGCCAACAGACAAGUCAAAAGAUCCUGGUGUUAACAAUGUUGGAAAUGGAAAAAAUAAGCUCAUUGGCAUCAUUGCUGGCAUCAUCGUUGGCAUUGGGAUUAGCAUUUUGAUCAUUGCAUUAGUUGUGAAGAAAUGUAAAAAGGCCAGUAAGGAGAAGACAGAUGACGCUGAGCUGGAAGAUGUGCAGGUUGGAGAUGCAGAGGAGAGUCAGGGGCUGAUGCCUCCAGCUGCAGAACGUUGCGGUGGACCAACCGACCACGGGACCCAACAGUCGUCCAACCCACGAGAGACCUGCAAGGUGGGCCCGCGGGUCAAAAAACGGCAUGAUCGGUCAGCUAAGUGA